ACGGAAAGAAAAUAUUUUACUUUAAUGUUUUCUGAAUUCCGCUGUGUCAUUUUGUGCUAUAGAUUCCUUAUGUUUUGACUGAGUAUUUACAAACUUUUAUGUACAUGAUAAACAUAAAAUCUUCUGUCAGUCUUCCUUUGCAUUUUUCAAUUUGGCGAAAGUCGAAGUGCACAUCUAUUCGGAUAUCCGGCUAAACAGCAAGGUCAGCAAUAGUCGAACUAAUCCGACGUAUACAGUUUGUUUUAUACUGUGACAGUCAAACUGUAAAGUCAGAAAUUAAAAAAGCAGCCACCCAGCGACAGUAAGCUUGCCUAGGUCAGCAAUAUCGGAUACAACUGAAUAAUGGCAUCAUCAGAGCAAAGUUAUGUACCUGCUGAACUACGUGCAGAGAUAAGCAAGCUGAAGUUGCCUCCCUUGAUCCAUAGAGAUUUUGUUGAGAUCUGUUCUGAUACUGGUGAUGUUGUGAGGGUUAUGCAGUGGAACAUUCUUGCUCAUGGUCUUUCUGGAGGUGCGGAUAAUUUCAUUAAGUGUCCAAAAGAAGCACUGGAGCUUGAGAGCAGAAAGUUACGUGUCCUGGAAGAAGUUACUCGAUACCGUCCAACUGUGAUGUGUCUGGAAGAAGUUGAUUUUUACGAAUAUUUGUUUGACAAUUUGUCUAAAUUAGGCUAUGCUGGAAUCUUCAGUCCGAAACCAGAUUCGCCUUGCCUUUAUCAAAAUGGUAACAUAGGGCCAGAUGGUAGUGCUAUAUUUUAUGAUACUUCCAAAUUGGUUCUAAGUAAAUCAGAUAGCAUCAUUUUGAAAGAGGAUGGAUACCAGUCUAAUCAUGUUACGAUAAUUGCACAGUUCCAAACAAAUACUGAUGAUCCCAAGAUGUUUUAUGUAGGUGUUACGCACUUAAAGGCAAAAAGAGGGUAUGAGGGUAAAAGAAAGUUACAGGGCGAAUUUUUAUCGAAUUACUUGCAAGAAAAUUGCAAUGAUGCACCCGUCAUCUAUUGUGGUGACUUUAAUGCGGAACCAAUCGAGCCCGUUUAUUCUGUGAUGAAGUUGUGUGCAAUUGGAUUAUCCAGUGCGUACACAGUUUUGAGCGGGAACAACACAGAGCCAAAGUACACAACGUGGAAAAUUAGGCCAAAGGGAGAGGAAUGUCAUACCAUUGAUUAUAUAUGGUACAGUAAUAAGGGUUUGAAAGUUAAGUCUGUACUAGACGUUGCUUCUGAGGAAGAAAUUGGGAAAAAUCGUCUUCCCUCGUUUAAAUACCCAUCAGAUCACUUGUCACUUGUAUGUGAUUUUCUAGUCUUGUAAGUGAAUUUGUUAAUUCUAGUGAAAAGCUAUUAUUUUAACUAAUUUUAAGUGCAAAAAACUUGCGACUGUUUUAUGAUUCAUAUCAUAAUUUUGCUCUGUGAUUAUUUAUUGUACACCUUAACCUUUUUGGUACCACUGCUUAUAGCUAUAAAUAGUAAUAAGAAAAAUCAAAAUUUAUUUAGUAUAGGCAAUUUUACGCUUCCUGCCAUACUGUUAAAAAGUUGUUAUAUACAAUUCUUAUAUAUUCAGUAACAUUUUUAGCUCGACUCCUCGAAGAAAAAGUAGAGCUGUUGCACUUGCCCCUGCAUGUUGGUUAAAGUUUUUGAUAAAGUCAAAUAUCUCUGUUACUGUCAAAGCUUUUGACUUGAAGCUUAAAAUUGUUAUUUACUAGACAGAGUUAUGCGCCUUUUUAUCUUAGAAUUUUUUUGUUAAAGUUUUAUAAAGUUUUUACUGGCAAAGCUCUAAUUCAGAUCCAAGGACUGAGAAAAGUUGAGCAUGCUAUCUUAUGGACAGCUCUUGUUUUUUCUGCUGUUUUAUAGAUUUUCUUUUUGUUAACUCUUAUUUAUUCAACUUUAUUGUAUGUUCAUUACCUUAUAAAACGGGUCAUUGGAUUGUAUUCAUCAGGAUUUACAGCUGAAAAUUUCAAGCUUUUCUUGAAGUAUCGUUUAUAACAAUGCCUUGUAUAAAUUGAAAACUGCAUCUACAUCAUGCUCACGGGUUUCUUGCCAGGCUUUUGAUAUCACUGUCGGGUGCGACAUGCCAUCAGGCUUUGAGUUGCGUAUUUGACAUUCCUUACCAUUCCCCGUUUCCGUUAAUUUCCGAAGUGAUAUGUCAUAAAAGAAACCUAAUGAACACCCAAGUGUAUCUAAUAGUGUAUUACAACUUGCCAUGUGCCACUCAAGCUUUUAUAUCAGUUAAAAUAUGAGAUCAAGGAAUGGCAGCUUUGGACUUUGGAACGCAUGACAUUAUUUUCUUGAUCUGGUUAAGUGAUACUUCAGGCCAUAAUUAAAAAAUUGUUCGUUUGCAGUGCUCCGACCGACCCAUCAAAAAAGUCCUGACCCAAAAAUUUUUAUAGGCAGUCAAGGGGCGCAAAUUUUUAUAUAUAUAUUUUUUUUUAUCCUUUCUGAUGCAAAAUGCAAUAUCAGCAAACGUUUUCCUUUCCUUAUUUAAAUAUACAGCAGAUCAUUCAGCAUUUAGUGUAUACGAUCGUAGAUUACCGCCUUCAUGCGUGUUUCAGAAGUCAUAAGUUACGAUCCGAGAAAGUCGCUCAGAUAUCUUGUCUUAGUAUUCUUGCAUGAUCCAAGAUAUUUUACGGUGACCUAUGCAUAUUCGAUAAACGAUUUUCCAAUAAACAAUGUCGUCUGACACGACGCCACGGACCUGCUGACCAAUGAGUCAAUCAACAUGACUACGACAGAGGUUCUUUGUGGAAAGUACCCAUUUUAACAGGUAAUGGUACUGUCCAAAUUAAAAGCUGGACAAGUUCAUUAUAGAAAUUUAGCAAAGUAUAUUGUAAGGGUUAAGAUAACAUAAGAUAAAUGGGAAAGUUUGUUGAUGCUUUUUUACAUGGAUUGAUGCAGCAAAAAAAUUAAAAAUCUUAACUAAAAGAUACUAUGGAUAAUUCAACUUGAAGCAUAUUUGGUGAUAAUACUUCAGAUGAUCAAGCUAUAUUCUCAUUUGUAAGCCUGAAUUACUGAUGAAUGCAGUCCAGAUUUUGUUCAGUUUUCUUGCUAUAUCUAAUCAUGACAUUAGACUAAAUGUAUAGUCAGAAAUGGUUGUUUUUAUUUUUUGCUCAACUAAUUGAAGAAUAGGUAGAGCUGUUGGACUCAACCGUUCGUUGGCAUCAGCGUAACAGUUUGGUUAAGUUUUUGUAAGUAAGCUGGUAUCUCAGUAACCACUAGUGGCAAUGGAUUGAAACUUCACUUAUUCACUGUCACAAAAUGUGUUACAGGUAUACAGACACUUAAUAGGAAAAUGGCACAGAAAAAAUGGUAGUCGCAUAAUGGCAUAUUCAAAUAAUUCUCCAUUUUUUUGCUCUGUAGAGCUGUUUUCCUUAUUUUCUUUGCAAUUAUUUGCUGACGUCACAUGACAGAUCUGUGCUUGACAUUUAGGAAGCAUUUUCGUAAUGAAAUGAUAGCUUGACAGAAUUUGUCAUGGAAUCUUAGGUGUUUCAUUUUUUAGCUGCUUUUGCAGUUUGUGUGUUUGACUGAAAAUAUAAUUUUUGCAUCAAACAUAGCCCCCACUUGUAUGUAAGCUGGUAGCUCAGAGCCCACCAAAGGGAUUGGAUUGAAACUUUACAGCCUUGACCACUGUGAUGAGCUGAGAUGCAUUGUACAGGUUCCGUAACUCUGUUUUGCAUUUUUAUAAAAUCCCCCUUUUACAACUUAUAUUCAUUCAGUUGACAAGGCCGUUGACUAGUCAAGAAUUGCUGUCCUCAGACAGCUCUUCAUUUGUGUGUGACCACUGUUCUGUUAAUAUUUUCAUCAUUAUCAUUGUUUUUAAAUCACAUUACUAAUUCAUUUUGAAUAGCUUUACUGUAUGCAUAUUUUAUUUACAGUAACUUAUAAAUACCAAAACCUAUAGUAUACAUUACUUACUUAUAAAUACCAAAAACUAUAGUAUACAUUACUUACCUUAAUUUACUGCACAUCUACACUCUGAAUUCUGGUAUAUCAAACAGUAGUGAUGAAACGAUGAUCGAGUUAAAUCGAAUAAUCGUCGCCGGCAGCCGCAGGUCGCCGACUAUCGAUGUUGGAGUUCUGAAAUCGAUGUCGCUAGCGCUUUUCGCGCAAUUGAUCCCUUUCCGUUCAUUCCAUAUAUCCGUAAUUUUCAUACAUUUCGUUAAUUAAACCGCAAGGGACGUCACUCUCACACGUAAAAUGGCAGAAAAAAGUGUCCAUGAAAAGUUCGGUCGACUGUGUGGGCUUAUUUUGGCUUCGAAAAAACAUAACAAGGACCACCUAUUAAAGAAAACCUCAACAUGCAAUCUGUUAUUUGCAAACUCUGCCGAAAAUCAUAUGUGAACAAAGGUAUGUUUUCGUACCCAAACUAUUCGAACUCUUCGUAAUUCGUAUGGACUUGUGAAUUAUUUAACAAUGAUCCCGAUGUACCUCUCUGUGUCUGUCAAUUUGUCAACCUUAUUUUGAAAUAGUCUUGAACUGUCUUGUUUUAUAUUUAUCUUAUCAAGCCAACGAGAUUGAGAUUAAAUUAAUCAAUUUUAUACUUAUAGAAAAUUAUAGUUAAAAGUAAAAAUGCAUUCCCUAAAUACAUUAAAUGUAUUCACCAUGAUCACUUGACACUUGUUAUUGGUUUAAUUUACUUAUCAAGAAAAGUAUUUACGAGUACAAUUUUAAUAAACAUCCCUAGUCCCAAGUAAUGAUAAAAGCAUAGUAUAUUUUUGUUUUAUGAAAUUAUCUGAAAUGUAUUGCCGAAGUGGAAUCUAUAAUAAGAGUAUAAUUAUAAGUAAGUCUGAAUGCUUUUACUUUCGAUUAUAUAAUCGAUUGUGAAUCGAAAUAGCUGUUCAGAUUCGAUUCGAUUAUCGAUUUUGUUUUGAAACCGAUUUUACAACACUAUCAAACAGUAAACAACGCAAAGGAUUAAUUCUCUCAUGAUUCAUUUACUGCACAUCUGCACUCUGAAUUGUGGUAUAUCAAACAGUAAACAAUGCAAAGGACUUAACACCCUCAUGGUUCAAUUUCUGCAUGUCUUUACUCUGAACAGUGGUAAAACAGACAAUAAACAACUAAUGGGUCUAACACCCACAUAGUUCAGUUAUUAAACAUCUGACUCCAGAGUUGUAGAAAAUCGAACACUAAACGAUGCAGAGGACUAACACCCUUGGGAUAAUCGUUUACUGUACAUCUGAAUGCCGAAUUGUGGUAUAUAGGACAAUAAACAAUGCGAAAGGACUGACACCCUCAUGGGCCAAAUGCUACACAUCUGAACUAUGAAUUGUGGUACGUCAGGCUGUAAACAUUGUGAAAGCCUUUGUCAUUUAGUAAUUUUAAAUGUGAAAUGUGUACAUUUCUGCGAAGGGAGCAAUUUGAUUAAAGUCCUUGGAUAAUUUGUAGCAGUUGUUUAUUGUCAUGUUUAAGGAUUAACUUGACUUUGCCUGAAUAUCUGUGCCUUGCUAGUACUUGAAUUGUGAUAUACAUGUAUUUAUAUGCAGCUUGGGUAUACAAUGUUUAUAAGUAAACUGUUGCUGGUAAAAGCUUUAAGGUAUUGUUAAUUGUUUAUUGAUGUGCUUAGUUUAAACAAUGUUACUGAUGAAUCAUUAAUAUUUGUGGGGGACUAAUUUUCAUGCAUUUCAUGGUGUGAAACCACGAAAUUACAAUCCCAAUGAACAAGUAAAAUUCCAACUCAUUUUAUGUUCAAAAUUUGAAAUUCACGAAUUCAUGUCCUCAGGAAAUAGCCAUUUUUGGCUCGAACCACGAAAUGUUAAGCCCACGUACAAAUAAUGAUUUCACACUUUUUUGUAAAAUGUCUGACAGAGAAGAUGCACAAAGCCAUGACAUUGCAAUGUUUAAGCAAAAGAAAAAAGAAUGAAUAAAUAUAAUUGUUUGAAAGUCGUUUUAUUUCAGUUAAGAUAUGAAUGGUUUUAUAUUUUUAUGUUCAGGUAAGAAAUCGGGUUCAUAAAUCUUUAGUGAAUUUUAUUUUCUUGAUCAGUAACAAAAAUGUCUAAACACGAUCCUGUUUAUAGAGGUUUACAAACACAAUUUGCUGAAAAUAAGGAGUUCAUCAAGAUGUUAUUAAUUGUUGUAAUUAAUUGUUAUAUUUCAGUAUUCUGCAUGAAAGAGAUGGAAUAAAAUGCAGUUCUUUUAUUAAUUGUAAUAGUUUUGCCUUGAGAUAUGUUGACACAAACUUUGUUGUCUUUGACAAUCAGGCUUCAUGAAGUAAUUUCUUUUACAGGUUACAACUGUUACGUUUGUUCUGUGCAGACACCUACAAAAACUCUUCUUUUUUCUGUGAACAAAACAGAACAUGCCUAUACUUCUUGCAUAUGUUAUGGUGUACAUGAAGACUGAUAUAUAUUGUUUAAACUGAAAGGUAUCUGUACAGUCUACAUAUUUCUAAAGGUUUGUCCUAGCCAGGUUAAAAUUCUGCAAAGUAUAAAUAUUUACACCUAGACAGACUUUUGUUUUGAUAAGAUAGAAAUUUGAUAAUUUGAAGACAGUCAGAGGUGUGUUAAACUUUUACAUGCAUGUAUAUCACUACGCAGCUAUAUAGGCAACAAGUAUAUUGCUGUCAAACGAUAAAUGAGCCGUGCCAUGAGAAAAUCAACAUAGUGGGUUUGCGACCAGCAUGGAUCCAGACCAGCCUGCGCAUCCGCGCAGUCUGGUCAGGCUCCAUGCUGUUCGCUUUUAAAGCCUAUUGGAAUUGAAGAAACUGUUAGCGAACAGCAUGGAUCCUGACCAGACUGCGCGGAUGCGCAGGCUGGUCUGGAUCCAUGCUGGUCGCACACCCACUAUGUUGGUUUUCUCAUGGCACGGCUCAAAUUAAAAUUUCUCAUGCAAAUACAAAAUGUACUGCAUUAACCUCUUGAAAAACACGUGUCUUGUGAUAAAAAAGUAUAUUGCUGUCAAACCAUAAAUUUCUCAUGCAAAUACAAAAUGUACUCUUUUGACCUCUUGAAAAACAUGUGUCUUGAGAUUCAAUACUGUUAUUUUACCAGUACCUUGAACUGCAAACGAGUGGAUUUUACCAGGCUGGGUCAUUUGAGGUGCUUGCUUUGGCAAAAUCGAUGUGUGACAAACAUCAUAGCAGAUCAAGGUACUGUUUUUUGACCCUGUACAUAUUUCUAGUGUUACCUAAACCAGAAGGGACUAAAAUUUGUAGACAGCUGAGACUAAUUACACAAAAAUGAUAACGGUGAACAUUUUGACACAUGGAAUAUUAAGAUGCCAUCAUUGCAUCAUUCCUGGCGUCAUAUUUGGUGUCAUGACUAUAAAUUGGCUACUUUUCCAUAUCGAUGUGUGAUGAAUACAAGGUUUUGUAUUUAUAUACCUAAAUAAAUUCUGUAAAAAAAUUCGGCUUGUAUUUCACAAGUAAAUAUGAACAAGCAGAAAAAAUUCUAUUUUGUACCUUUUGAAUUGUACGUUUCCGGACUACUUUCAUUAAUAUGCAUGACCUGACACAGUUGUAUACUGAAUAGCGCACAUAAAAACUUCACUGAGUUCAAUAACAAAACAACAAACAAAUAAUAAAAGGGUCAUUAUAACAGUAGCUAGAUCUGGGAUAUUGUAUUCGGCUCUAGUGGAUUUUGCAAGGUCGGAUCACACUCGGUGCUUGCGCGCCUCGUGAGAUCCGAUCUGGCAAACAUCCACUUUAGCCGAAUACAGCAUCCCAGAUCGAGCUACUGUUAUAAAGACCCUAUUUUUUUAGUCAAAUACAAGGUGUAUUUCAGACAGAGAAAUCGAAGGUAUAUAAUUAAAGCCAUUUCUAGGUAGGGCUGCUUGCUGAUUGUUUUCAGAACUUGUGGCUCAUCCUAUCCGUGUUUGUUUUACUUUGUUGUAUUAACUUGCAAGGAGUAUAUUUAUUUAGCAAUAAAAAUGGUAAAAUCAA